UUAAACUUUUGCACUCGAGAAUGUUUCUCUCCGUUGCUUGGAUAGAUAGUUUGUCUCCGAGUUGGCCCACACAAUAUUUUAAGUGCAAGUUGCAAGUUUCAAAAAUUCUUCCUUCUUUUGUACCCAGAAGGUUUUGUUCUUGUCGGUGGUUCUCUACCCAGCGAAGGCCUUUCUAUUCCUCUGAUGUUAGACAGUUCUUAGUGAGUAUGGACGACGGUACGGAAGCCUCACAAAGGUCUCCCGAAGACGUCAUUAGAACGCUUCCUCCGCGACUCCCUGAACCGGAACGUAUUAAGUUAUGGGAAAGGAUAUACUUGCUUAGACAAGAAAGAGAUUUGGCUGCUAAGGAGUAUAGGUUUGAGGAAGCUUCAAAACUAAAAGAGAGGUUAUUGGAAUUGACCAUGCAAGAUCCGUACGCCUGUUUGGAACUCGAGCUUCGAAAAGCUGUUGAGGAAGAAAGGUAUAGGGACGCAGCUAUUUACUCCGAUGCUAUGAGAGUUAUUGGUGAACCACCAAAAAUAGAGAAGCAGGACUUGCAGCAAAGGAAUGCUCCUAGAAAUAGAAAUAUCUUUGGUUUUAUUCCCAAAGAUUGGCCAACCAAGACAAACACAGGAGCGUUCAACCUUCGACGAAGUGGAAUCCGUGACAUGACCGAUGAUAAUCCUUACAAAAUAGGAGGUAAGGAGUCCGAAUCAUCAGAACAAGCAGAGGAAAAACCUCACGACGAGUCAGAAGUGGGAGCACUGGAUCAAUCGGAAUACCUUCGUUUGGAAGGUUUUGAUAGUAACGACUGGGAAGAUGGACAUUUGAGUACUAUCACCAACAAGGAUCCCUCAACUAUAGAGGGAAAGACUGAUUCAAAGCAGAAACUUUUUACUUACCGAGAACUUCUACAAAUUCAAAAUAAGAGCGAUGCGGUUACUAUGGGUAUCCGAGUUCGUGUAGAAUGUUCCUUUUCUCCAUUUGAUUCCAUAAUAGAAGAAGGAAUGUACACGUUUGUAUAUUAUGUGGAAAUCAGCAACUUAUCUGACGAUACAGUCCAGUUGAUAAGUAGAGAGUGGGAUAUUGAGGAAAUAACUGGCGUUUGGAAAAGAGUUACGGGGACAGGGGUUGUUGGUCAGCAGCCGAUAAUAGAACCUGGAGAAACCUUUAAAUACUCUUCUAAGUGUCCUGUUCGAGUUCCUUCUUUCUUCAAUCCCUCAAAAGAUAACUUUCUCGGUUCAAUGCAGGGAAAAUAUGUUUUUAUUCGAGGUGAAGUUGGUGAACAAGCCUUCGACGUGAAGAUUGCACGGUUUGGAUUUUUUGUGAAUGUUUCUUUAUAAAAUAUACAAGUACUUCACAGU